AUGACAUUGCGAACAUUGCGUCAUUGCGGCAAUGACGUCUUUCGGGCUAAACCGAUCAAGCCAAAGGUUAACUCUAAGAAGUCUAAGAAAGUGACCGUCAUGUCUGCCACUGAGCUUCUCACUGGAGGCGUGGAGGAGGCAUAUGAAUUGGCUGACAUUGUAAGUAGAGAGCCAUGUCCAUUUGAUGGUCUGCUGUGGGAGAAGGCUCCUGAGGAGGUUGCUGAGAACACGAUGAUGGACCCCUUCAGUCCCCCACAGCUAGAAUCCAUUUUUGCUACGGCCAACUCCGCAUAUGAGGCAUGGGUGUGGCUUCACAGGGUGAUAGACUUCCGUUUAAAUGAGAAGAAGGCUGUGCCACCUUUCAUUGAGAUCCCAGUAUUGGGGCUCGACAUAGCUAUCGAUGAUGAUAAGCGCGCCCAACUAAUUUCUUCGAUCGAUGGAGUGUUGCAGGAUGACCGCUUGCCAUCUUCAACGGCUCAUAAGUUGAUAGAGAAGUUGACGUUUGCUAGCGGGGCCUUGGACACUUCUGCCCCAAGAUGGCUGACUAUCUUCGUCGGCAAUACGGCGGUAGAGUAUGCCCCGAUCAAGGGAUCUUCCUCCUGCCCUCUGAUGAACAAGAUGAUUUCCUCCUUUUGGGCGAAUGUUGCUCGACUUCAGCUCAAGGUGUGGGUGGCUAGAGUGGGAUCAAAGUCCAAUCCGUCUGACACUCCAAGCCCCCGCCACUGA